AUGGAGACACGUGCAACAGGCGAUACGAUACUUGUCAAAUUGGCAGAUGUUAAAAACGCGUCUUUCGAGGUGAAAUUAUUUUUUGCGAAUCUGGAAUGUCAAAGCGAAGCCCGCAAAGCUAGACUCCAGCAGCUUCUCAGACGCGACGUAACUUUCCCCACUUCUGGGUUGCCUCCUGAUGAUAAUUCGCAACUUGAAUUACUGGUUGAACUGGCCACCACUGUACUGGAUGCUAUUCACAAGAGGCUUAUCAUUCUCUCUAAUGAGACACCCCUGUGGGUACCAACCCUAUUCCCCGAGUUUGUGAAAGUGACUGCCGCGCUCGAGGCGGUAAUUAAACGAUCGGCCGUAUCUUCGGAUGAAGAUGAGCGUGCCAUCUGUGAGGGCCCCGUCGAAAAGCCGUCAGGAGACUCGACUGAGAUAGAGGGAUUGGCCUUGGAAGAAGGUUUCAAGCGGGUACCUGCCUUACUCAAUAGUGAUGGUCCUGAUUCACCACAUACCCAAAACCUGCCGCUGCCGCCAACCGCAGAAAUACAGCAAUUAGCCGAGGCUAAUAACCGUCAGAGGUCUCAUCAAAGAAAAUAUGGAGCUUCAAAGAUACUUCCAAACGACCCCUCCAAAAACGACCGACCAGACCAAGCUGUUAGAACUGCAGCUAGACCGGUUGAUGUUGAAAAGCUUGAGUCGUUAACAACUCGGACAUUUCCGGUAUUCCCUGAACUUACCGGGCCCAUUCAUGCUCAGCUGGGUCGUUUGGUCACGUUCAGCAAAACACACUGGCCGGAGAGGGAUCUUGACCAGUUCCUACCAAACAAGAAAAUGCAACGCUGGGUGUUGGAUGAGAUCUUGAGACAGGGCCUCGGGAGUGAUUACGCUCUAGACGUUUCUCCUGUCAACUCUACCAAUUUGCGGCGCAAAGGCAUCGUUGUGCCCUACCACGUCAAUAGUGAAAAUCAGCUUUCCGAGGUUGAGGAGAGAAAGGAUCACUUCGUCAUUGCUAUUGUGGAUCUGGAGAAGAAAGCAUUCACGGCUUGGGGGAUGUCUAAGGAAAUGUUCCACAAAUCGAAAUCUGAAUAUGAGGGCUUCUUGGGCUCUCUGUCUGGUCAGUCGAAUAACCUUGAAGAUUAUAGUGGCAAUUGCUGUCUGCUUCGAUGUGUAGAGGCCGUCCGAUCCUACUUUAAGAUUGGCUCAAUUAUACAAGACCAUCUUCAACUGCGACUUUUCUUCCUCAAAGAGCUUGUGGAAUCCUGGAUUAAUACUAAUAACCAGGGCGCUUCUCAGCGUCUAGAAUCAAAAAACCUCGAUUUCGCGAAAAACCCGUCAGAGGCGUCAGUUGACUCAGUAAUGGCAGACGGAUAUGUUCCCAAUAAUCCGUUAAAUCCCGUCCAGCCGGUUGAUCGUACGCCCUCCGCAAGCGACUCGUUAACAACGGGCAAGGGUGAUAUGAACGAGGCUAACUCGCCGUGUCACAGUAUGACCUUGUCAUGCUUUCCAUGCCGGCCUCCGAAUGCCCCUCGAAGGGCGUCGAAGAGACCCGCCACAAAUGAACUGUUUCAGCGGCCGAUAAAAGCACACAAACAAGACGUAAACCCUGAAGGUCUUGCAAACCAGCUCCUAGAUGAGAAGGCUUAUUUAAAAUUCAUGGGCCACGUGUCGACUUACAGUCGCAUCUUUGGUUCAAAGAACGAGGCGGAAAACCUCGUAAAUGGCUUUAAAAUCACCAGGUGUGAUGAUUCACUGGAGAGUCGCGCUGCCGAGGUGGCUCAGUACAUCAAAGUCGGUUCCGAUCUGGAUGGAAAUGCCCACUUCUAUAUGUGGCUUUCUCGGGUCGCUCUUAUUAUAUCCGUUCGGAAACUGGAUGAAGCAGUGGCGGCGUUAGGUUAUCAAACCCUGCCAGCAAACUACAUGGACGAUUUAGAGAGGUUAUUGGGGUGCUUUGGUUCAACUAUCGCUAAAGGCACUCUUAAAAACAAGCUUGGAAAGUCCCGACUUUGGAUAAAAACUCUUGGGGAAUUCCAAGGCCUUUUGGCUUUCGUUAACAUAUUCGCUCCAUACGAGAAACUCAGUCAAGAUGAUGCCAAACAAGUGGCUUGUUGUCUCCGAAGAAAAAAAAUGAUGGCCAGCUACCUACAUACACAAGGCCAGCAGCUUUUUGACUGCAUUGUUAACGGUAGAGAAUAUCGGCCAACAGAUGCCGGCGUCCCGAGACCCCAGCUCCAACUCGUAACGCAAAUCACGGUUCCGGAUACGGCUUUGUCGAUUACGUAUGCGAUGGAGGGGAAUAUAGACGGCCUUCAAGAGCUGUUCGGAAAAGGUCUUGCGACACCAUACGAUGUGAGCAUUUCACGAAGGUACAGUUUGAUUAGAGUAUGGGCGCUAUACGGGGGGAUGCACCAAUAUGAGACUGUUCGGUUCUUGAUAAAUGCGAAGGCGCCUGUAGAUGAAGAAUCGUACAAGCAUGUAUGGGACUUUUCAUUUCGCAAAAAAUGUACCGACGAGGAGUUCACUCAUUUGAGCUGCAUCAGAACAUAUUCGGAUCGGGACUGGAUCGAAGACCAAAAGUUCCCACUGAUUCACAAGAUAAUAUUUGGCUUAGAUUCAAAGUCACUCAUGGCCGAGCUUUUGGAAAAUCCGGAGGCCGUCGAGCUGAAGGACAACGAGGGGCGCACCGCUCUCGACUGGGCCACGGCCCGGGCCCAGCUGGAUGAUAUGCGGCUCCUGAUCCAAUUUGGCUCUAGUUUGAACACGAUGGAUAUCAAAGGCCGCACUACAGUUCAACAUGCAGUCGAUAGCCACAGCGACAUGGCCCUCGAAAUGGUCCUGAAGGCCGGCGCAAACCCGAACCCUCCCGAUAGCAUGUACCGCAGCAGUCCGCUGACGUCGGCUAGCUUUGGCGGUCUGGAGAACAUGGCCCGUUUGCUCCUUGAAUUCGGUGCCAAGGUCGGCAGCUGUAACCCGGAAGGUCGGACGGCGCUGCACACGGUAGCCAAGUCCCAACAUUUGGGGUGUGCGGUAGUCUUGCUACGCCACGGCGCCAAGUUGGAUGACUGUUCGAGCAUAGGGCAUACACCACUAGCAACGUCAAUCAUCCACAAUAAGCACAACAUCCUGAGACUUUUCGUCGAGGAAUGCAAAAAGUACAGCUGCUUCCAGGGUCCUCCGCUGCUACCUAUAAUAGCCAAAUAUGCGGACGAGGAAACCAUAUCGAUCCUUGCGUCAUCUGAACCGUUUCUAAAACUUCUCAGCCUGAGUUGCAACGAAUUUAAGCGAGAGAUCUUAUGGGCAAGAGAGACAUAA